AAAUUACCCAUGCUUGUAUUCUGUUUGAUUUAUGUUUGCUGGAUUGAUCUCUUGAAGAAAGAGAAGAAAAAAAAAAAAAAACAUGAUGGAAUCCGAAAUGGAUUUUAUUUUAUUCAUUGUAUAUUGGUCAAUCCAACCGAUUAGCAUUAAUGCAAACAAAGGAAAAGAAAAUAGUAACCCUUUGCAUAUAUGUCUUGUGUGGAACAAGAUAGAUUUCUGCUUUGGGAUGGUUUGGUAAUAGCAACAGUUGGUAGGUGGCAAUUGAUUGGCUUAUAUAUCUUCUCUCUCUAACUUCUCGAUUUUAUAUGUUGCUUCUAGCUCAGGUUUUGAUUUCAAAUCUGAUCAGUUGUUCUGAUGUUAAAGGCUUUCCAAGACGUCCGUAGUUCAACAUUUCAACAGAGUUAUCGUUGUUACCCUCUCUCUUUCAUUGAUAAGUCACAUCUGGAAAAGGGUGAUAAAAUAAUUAUGCCUCCCUCAGCUCUUGAUCGCCUAUCAUAUUUACGCAUAGAAUACCCUAUGUUAUUUGAGCUUAGCAAUCUUUCUGCUGGACGAGUUACUCAUUGUGGAGUCCUAGAAUUUGUUGCUGAUGAAGGACUGAUAUAUUUACCAUACUGGAUGAUGGAAAACAUGCUCCUGCAAGAGGGACAGAUAGUGCAAGUGAAGAAUGCCAGCCUAGCAAAGGGAACAUAUGUGAAGCUGCAGCCACACACCAAGGACUUCUUAGAUAUCUCCAACCCCAAAGCAAUCUUGGAAACUUCUUUAAGGAGCUACUCUUGUUUGACCACUGGUGAUACUAUCAUGGUUGCUUAUAACAAUAAGAAGUAUUACAUUGAUAUAGUUGAAACAAAACCCUCUUCCGCAGUCAGUAUUAUUGAAACUGACUGCGAGGUUGACUUUGCCCCUCCUCUUGAUUAUAAAGAACCUGAAAAACCGGCACCAUCAGCUCCGUUGAAAAAGACACGCAUAGAAGAUCAAGAAGAGCCAGCCAGAAAGAUACCCAAGUUCAGCCCAUUCACCGGUUUUGGCAGACGUUUGGAUGGGAAACCCUCAACCCAACCGGUUGCACCAGCUGCUUCUCCCAAGCUUAAGCAACAUCAACCAGAGGCUCACAAUGGUACCGAGGAUUCUAAGUCAUCUAAGCCUGCCUCGCAACAACCUGCUGGAAAGCUUGUGUUUGGUUCAAAUGUCAACCAACCACAAAAAGCAGCACCAAAAGUUGCCCCAGAGAACAACAGUCAAGAGCAGCCUCAAAAGGUGGAAGAGCCAAAGUUUCAAGCAUUCACAGGGAAAAAGUAUUCUCUGAAAGGCUAAUCGUAAUGAAGCUUUUCCACACUUGUCUCCACAGAUAAGAGAUAAAAUCUGGCCAGUUUGGAAAUGGAAUAUCCUAAAUUCCUAACCCAGUAGGUCUCCUGCAUUUGCUUCUUUUCAUGACUCGUGUUCAUAUGAACAAAAAUUUAUUGCUCUGGAGUUGAGAUGGACUCUGACGAUUCAAAUAUUAUGUGCAUAUUGUAUAGAAGACUAGAGGUUAUUUUAUAUUAAGCAUUUAUUGAUUUUGACUAA